AUGUGGCAGAUGAUGCCGGGUUUGAUGGCUUCGCUAAGAACACACGUCGCCAACCAUCGUCAGCACCUUUCCAAGAGCCACCUCAAGGACAUCGUCAUCCAACUCAGUCUGGCCAUUGUUGAAGUUGGGAUAGUGACGCUUGCCGUUCCCUUCUCAACGCACCUCAAACAAUGCACAAUUCCUCGACUCGCCCGCCUUUUUGGGCGCUCUUUCAGCGGUAUUCAGAUGGCCACCUACGGACUCCCCUUCGACAUGCUCCUCCUCGCCAUCCAGCGGUGCUUCCCUUUCGACACCCAAGCCUCGCGCGCCCUCUACACCGAGCUCCGCACAGCCCUCCUCGACGCCGCCGUCCACCGAGUCGCCGUACUCGCCCACAACAACGGCUCUCUGCCCGUUGCGCACGUUCUCGCUCGCCUCUGCUCCGACAUCCAAGCGGAAAAGCUCUCCAAACUGGAGAUCUACACCUUUGGUGCUGCGGCUUCGGAAUUCGUGGCGCCUCUCGGAGAAACCAGCCGCAAGGUCACCCGCUUUGAGGAUGGAUCCACCGCGGUGGUUGAAGAGCGUGGUCCUCACAUCGAGCACUUCGCCUACGCGAAUGACCCCUUUGCGCAAAUGGGCGUGCUCCGUUCUGUUCAAAAGAAGCUUGACGGCCGAUUCUGCGGCGGCGUUUUCGUGAUCCAGAACCAGGUUCCCCAACCCUCUGGCCACUGGGUUCCCGACCAGCGACCCGUGAUGCUUCUGACAGACUACCUCUCGGCCCUCUUCCCCGACCCUUCAUCGCCGCAAGCACCCAGCAGUAUCCUCGACUACGUCAUGAUGAUCGACCGCGAUAUUGCUGAGAAGCGCGAGCUCGCUGCCAUGGCAAACUACGCGCAGACGCGCCGAUCCCGGAAGGACAGCCGCCGCCUCAGCUGGACUGGCCUGGGAGCGACUGUCGGCGGCAGAAGCGGCGUCAUGGACGGUGUCACCGGGCUCGAGAUGGCGAGACGCGGAUGCCGUGACUGUGAUGGCCACCGUGGACGCGAGGUCAGUUGGCUCUCCAACUACGUGCAAACCGGCUGGGUCGUCGAAAAAGAGGCACACGUCGUCGAUGCCAUGGGCAUUGGAGGCAAGUUUUAA